AUGUCCGACAGCGGGGAAGUCGAGGUCGAUAGCCCGUCCGGGUUCCAAGUGUUGCCCAAGGAUGUCGCUACCGAGAUUGGCAGUGUCAAGCUCUUCAACAAAUGGAGUUAUGAGGAUAUCGAGGUCCGGGAUAUAUCUUUGACUGAUUACAUUCAAAUCAGACAACCCGUCUACCUCCCUCACUCCGCCGGCCGAUAUGCUGCUAAGCGCUUCCGCAAGGCCCAGUGCCCUAUCAUUGAGCGCCUCACCAACUCCCUCAUGAUGAACGGCCGAAACAACGGCAAGAAAUUGAUGGCCGUGAGAAUUGUCGCCCACGCUUUCGAAAUUAUUCACAUCAUGACAGACCAAAACCCCAUCCAGAUCGCCGUUGAUGCCAUUGCCAACUGUGGCCCCAGAGAAGACAGCACGCGUAUCGGCUCUGCAGGUACCGUCCGUCGUCAAGCCGUUGAUGUUUCUCCCCUCCGCCGCGUCAACCAGGCCAUUGCUCUCCUCACCAUUGGUGCCCGUGAAGCUUCGUUCCGCAACGUCAAGAGCAUUGCUGAAUGCCUCGCUGAAGAAUUGAUCAACGCUGCCAAGGGAAGCUCGAACUCCUAUGCUAUCAAGAAGAAGGACGAGUUGGAGCGUGUCGCCAAGAGCAACCGAUAA